AGGGGGCGCUGUCUCUGUCUCAACUUCCUUCCUGCCAGCGCAGAAGAAAACAUUAUGAGCAGGAGCCGCUUCCUGUGGCUCACAUGUACACAGCGCCCAACAAGAUGAUGGAUUCACCGAAGAGUAAUGACUCCACAAACAGUGGCCUUCGAGACUCAACUUCAAAAGCCAACGACGAGGAACAAGACGAGCUGUGUCCCGGUUUUAGAAAUGCGGAUGCUUUUGUGAAAUAUGGAUUGGGGGCCGUAUUAUCUGCCACCAAAGCAUCCGCCUCCUUGCCUCAAACUGGAGACGAGGAUGAUUUCUAUCGGAGUUUCCCGGGAUUCCGGGAGUUCUGUGAAAGUCAAGGGGACAAGCUCUUGCACUGCAUGAGUCAGAUAAUGCAGCACCACGGCUGCAGAUCUCACUUGAGAGACCAGAGCAAGCUGACGGGGCUGGAGGAGAGGUUUGACUUGGUUGUGGACUCGAACGACGUCAUUCUCGAAAGAGUGGGGAUUCUUCUUGAUGAAGCCGAUGGGGUGAACAGGACCCAGCAGCCUGUCCUGCCUGCAGGGUUUCAGCCUCCCAAGAUUGUAGUUUCCAGCUGGAAUCGCAUGGGUUCAGGCUCCAGAAGUCGUUCUGAGACGUUCCGCCUGCUCCAUGCCAAGAAUGUUGCGAGGCCUCAGCUGAAAUUCAAGGAAAAAGUUGACAACAGCAACACACCAUUUAUUCCCAAGAUCUUCAUCAAGCCCAAUGCAACAAAGCCUCUUUCUUCUUAUUUCACCAACAAACAAAUUCGUAAACAGAGACCUGAGGACCUUGAUGUCCCAGCUGCCCUGGCUGACUUAAUUCACCAACAGAGGACUCAGGAACACGUUGAAGACAUGUUUGCACACCCAUACCAAUAUGAACUGGAUCAUUUUACAGUACCAGAAGGCCUUCUGUCUAAGCCAGAACCGCAGAUGUACAAGCCAAUAUCGAAGACCAAGUGCUCCUUCAUUGACUCACUGGAGGACCUGGUGGCUCUGAAUGAGAAGCUUUGCAAAUUGUCUGAAUUUGCAGUGGACCUUGAGCACCACAACUACAGGAGUUUCCUCGGCCUCACCUGUCUGAUGCAGAUCUCUACCAGAGAGGAGGACUUCAUCGUCGACACCAUUGAGCUCCGCAGCGAGUUGUACAUCCUCAACGAGGCAUUUACUGAUCCGGCAAUUGUCAAGGUAUUUCACGGCGCCGACUCCGACAUUGAUUGGCUCCAGAGGGACUUGGGCUUGUACGUCGUCAACCUUUUUGACACGCAUCAGGCCAGCCGAGCUCUGAACCUGGCCAGACAUUCCCUUGACCAUCUGCUCAAACACUUCUGCACUGUGGACACAGACAAACGCUACCAGCUGGCUGACUGGAGGAUUCGCCCCUUGCCAGAGGAGAUGGUGCAGUAUGCCCGGACAGACACCCACUACCUUCCCUACAUCUACGACUGUGUGAGGGCGCAGCUGUUGGACUUCAACCACGGCCAGCCAGGUCUGCUGCAGAGCGUCUGGAACAAGAGCAGAGACAUUUCUCUGAAGAAAUACGUGAAGCCCAUAUUCACAGAGGAGUCCUAUUUGGAGCUGCAGAGGAAGCAGAAACGGUCUUUAAACACCCAGCAGCUCACUGCCUUCAGACUGCUGUUUGCCUGGAGGGACAAGCUGGCCAGGCAGGAAGAUGAAAGCACCGGAUUCACCCUGCCCACUCACAUGAUGAACAAGAUAUCCGAGGAGCUCCCAAGGGAGCCUCAGGGCAUCAUUGCCUGCUGUAACCCUGUACCCCCACUGGUGAGGCAGCAAGUCAAUGAGCUGCAUUUGUUAGUGCAGCAGGCCAGAGAAAUGCCUCUCCUGAAGGCGGAGAUUGUAGUUCCAAUGACAAAAGGACUCACAACUAUAAAAAAGCCAGAGGUCACAAUGUUUGGUCCUCAUGAUACAUCCAGGGUCUCUGAGAGCGAUCUUCACCACUGUUCCCGUGAUGAAAUGCCUGUCAAACAAGGGAUGCUCUUCUCAGAGGAUGAGGAAGAAAUGGAUGUUAGUGUCCGGAAUACAAGUGGUCUCGUGGCAACUGCUAAAAUCACACAGUUUGAGGAGCUGGAAACACCGAAUGACCAAGACUCCCACUCUGUGGCUCAAAUGAAAGCCAGACGUAUCAUUGAGUCUUUUGAAAACCCUUUCAGAAUGUACUUGCCCUCCAGUGGUGUGCACAUCAGCAAGAAUGCCAAGUUUGACCAGUCUUCGAAAAUAUAUGAGAUUAGUAAAAGAUGGAAACUGCAGAGUAUUGAACAGCAACAGAAGGAGUUGGAGGCCAAGAGAGAGGCCAAGAGGAAAUCCAAGGAAGAAGCAAAGGAACGUUCGAAGAAAGUGACAGAGGAAAGGAAGCAGGCUAAGCAGAGCUACCAGGAGUCUCUCCAGGACGUUGCCACUGUUCGCCAGCAAGCAGCGGAAUCUGCAAAAGGCGACGUAAAGAAAAGGGAGAGGGUUGCCAGUGAGGUUGGAGAGUUAACUCCCAAACCGAGUAAGAAGCUGCUGAAAUCUGCAGAGAAGCCCGAGAAGAAGGAACCGCCUCCCCAAGACGACUUCAAUCCCUUUGACUACAGUCAGUCAGACCUCAAAGUAUUUGCUGGUACGAAACCAAAGGACAACACACAGUUUGAUCCAAAUCGGCAAGCUGGUUUUAAGAAAAAGAAAAAUGCCAAAGGACAAAAAUCCAGUUCUGGACCUGGAAACCGAAGUAUGUCGUACAUGGCUGGAAAAUCCGAAAGAGGAGUCCGGCAAAACUGGCCCAAAAGAUAAACUCUCGUUCCAGCUCUCUUUUUUUUUUUGGUCCUAUUUUAAAGUUGUUUUUUUUCCUAUUCUGCAAAAACAGUGUUCGCAUUUUUUUUUUUGCCUUCUUCAGAGUGAAAUUCAGUAAUUUCAAUAUUAAAUGAAUUUCAAAGUGUAUUUUCGUCCAUCUGUGGAACAGUUUACUCUGUAAAUAUGUGGAAGCACAGACCUCUUUAUAAAGAUGAUUUUAGACGAAAAAGUUCUUGUGUCCAUUUUUAUUGUCAAUCAAACUUUUGGUGGGGCAGUAUCAUGAGGUGUCAUAGUUAUAUGGAGCUUUUUUCUUGUCUUCAUUCAAGAGAAUGGUCUUUCAAUUUGAGACCUCGAGCUAUUGAUUUCACUCAAAACCCUGUCCUUGCAAUCAAAUAUCCCCUGCAUGUGCUUUUGAUUUGCUCUGCUUCUGCUCGAACGGUAUGUUUGCACACAUAUAUUAUAUAUAAUAUAUUAUAUUGGGCCUCAUGCAAGAACCACUCCUCCAAAUGGAUUAAUUCUUAAAAGGCCUGUCUAGUGGUUUAGGAGAACUUUGAAUUUCCUCUGAGGUAGGAGCCAUAUUUAUAAGUGGUCCUGACCUGUCGUCGGAGUCAUGUGCAAUUAGUCUAUUAUUCAAACAAACACAUUUCGUCAAUGGCAUGUAUAUUUCAUAAAAAUGUUGCUUUAGAAAAUCCUUUAUAAAUGACUUCUUAAUUAUGUUCACCAUAUCUUCUUUGCAGUUGGAAUUAUAACAUAAAACAUUGUCUAUUGAUGCGAUUGUACAAAAUGACAUUAUCAAUAUGAACCUCUCAAGCUGCAAAACGACAAGUUCUGCACUAAUUGAAGGUUAAUUUUUGUCUCUGCAUAUAAUGUCAGUGGGAAGUGUAAAUGGGCUCUUCAUGGUGAGACCGUGCAGAGACAUGGAUGCUUCUUUCCAUGCAGGUUUAUGCAAGUGGCUGUACAGGAGAACAUCCUCUAAUGCAGGGGUAUUCAAUAAAAUUCAGCGAGGUCGAGUUAGAGAUGUCCUCAUGCAAAGAUCCGCGACAUCACAAUGUCACAU